AUGGCACCCCAGCGAGACUAUUAUGCUGACUUGGGGCUAACCCCAACCGCAGAUGUCGCGGAAAUCAAGAAGCAGUUCCGGAAGCUAGCUUUGAAAUACCAUCCUGAUCGCAAUCCUGGCCGAGAACAAGAAGUAAACUCACAGUUUCAGAUCAUCCAAGCUGCCCACGAAGUCCUUAGCGAUGCCGACGCCAAGGCCAAGUACGAUGCUGCCUUAAUGCGGUCUGCCAGUCGAUAUCCUGCGGCUUCUGGAGUGAGAGGAAAUCCAUGGCAGAAUGUUAGCCAGCAGUUUCCUGUGCCACCGCGGCGGAACCCGCCACGAACAACUCCUUCGGGGGCACAGAGAUGGAACGAGAGGUUCUCUGCUGGUGUGCCACCAACCGCUAAACAUCCGCCGGCGGCAACGGCUGCUCGAGCUUUCGAAAGCAUGCGGAAAGGCGGUGCCAAAAGCGGACAGCAAGAUCGCCGUGCUCCUCCUCCACCGCCCCCUCCCCGAACCGAAUCUGCAAAAAAGAGGGCAGAAGCAUCUUUCGGGGCCAAGAGGACUGGCUACCAUCCGCGGUCAAACACUCCCGGCGAUGAGCCUCCAGUCACCAACAACAAUUACUCCUCUCGCGUCAACACUGAGCGGUCAGAGCCCGCUCCAGAGCCCGCGCCAGAGCCGGUGCCAGAGUCGGUGCCCGUACCAGAUAUUUUCGCCCAGUUCAGAGAAAAGAACCGUAGUGAAGAGAGUUUCCAUGAUCCUCGACAGAGCUCUCCAUACACCAAGAGUGGAGGCGAGAAGAUUGAUCCUUUUGACAGCGUUCCAUUGAAUCGGGCAAAAGGCACCAACGAGCCACCUGAGCCACCGGCUUCAACACCCAAGCGUCGUAGCUCCAGUAUGCCCCGGAAAGAAACUAGAGAUGGGGCCCAGAGAAGGCGAGAUGAGACGGGAGCAGAUGGAAGACCUCGGGUCGUGCCUGUUGCCCCAAGUUCCCGGCCUGCUGCAUCGUUCAAAGCUCGAGCAGAGGCCGCUACUGCUACGGCUGCAACCGCACCAAAUGGCAAUAUAUUCACGGCAAACCAGACAGGCGAAUUUUCUGCAACUGAUGAUGCAACCCAGUCAUCUUUCCACACGCCUUUCAACAAACCUCAGACCCCGGUUAACGACCCUUCAAUGUAUGCAACGCCCCAAAAAGACAAGCCAUCCCGUCGCAAGAAGAAUUUUGCUACUAUCCCCAAAUUGAGUACAUCACCAAAAAAUAAGAAUGCUGCCGAAGUUGGCACGGAUAAUACACCAAGUGUCCCCAGUGGAGCACAUAGUACACUUCACAGCCUCUCUCCUUUCGAACAGAAACAGUACCGCAUCUUGGAAUGUCUGAUUACGAAUCGAGAUGCUCCUGUUUCGGCGUUGAAAACCAAACCACAUCAGAACACCCAUCACAACCAUAAGCCCCUUGAUGAAGAGAAAUUGAGUGCUAACGAGGAAUCACCAACUAGCUUCACCUUCAACCUAGACGAUGACGCCUUUGCCCCUGACUCUCCGGGAACAUCUCGAUUUAGAAAGAGUAACAGCGCUGAUGGAAUUAAUACGACUUUCGUUCAAGAUGAGUCUUCUGCUACUUGGCAAUUCAGUGCUGGGAGUGGCAAUUACGGUCCUAUUCCUCAGAGCCGGUCCCAAUCAACCAGUAAGUCUGGUCGUCGCUCGCCUAUUAAACGUCGGCCGGUUCCCAGCGCAAACGUGCCCGAUAUUGAAGCCCAAGUUCCCCCAAAUGCAACAGGUUUCGACGCAGAAAGCUGGAGUACCAAAUUUGGGCCUCAGACUUUUGUUCCUCGGCCUGCAACUCCCAACUCAUCGGGUUCACCCACGCGACUGGGUAGAGCAAACACGAGGAAAACAAGAACUACAAAGCCCAUGACCGGCAAUGCCGCCAUUGUGGAUGAUAGCAGCGAAGAUGACCUAUAUAAAUGGACCGGCCGCAAGACUGACCCAAAGGCUGCAACUGUUGACAGUCCCCAGGCGAUGGAUAUUGACCCGCCAUCAAAUACCUCCCCUUCGCGCUCUCGUAUUCCUACUCCGCCUCCUCUUGUCCCGACUACUCCUACGGUGGCAUCAACUGCCGCUUCGGCUGCGGCUCCCUCUGUGGUUCCUCCUGCGCCUCAGUCACGGUCCCAGUCUCAACCCCCAGUUCAGCCGCAUCCCGUGGUUGCCAGGAACAUUCCUGUUGAACCAUCGCGACCGGAGUGGCGACCUGGAAAUGUCACGGGCCUAGGCCAAAUGUAUGAGCAGCCUGAAGAAAGGAAAGAAAUUCCGGUUACCUUUAAGGGGUCUGAAGAUAGCGAAGAGUUUCGAGCGACAUUUGAGGACCUGAAGAAUGUGGCACCAUUUGCCCCGCCUAAGGCCGGACUUAAGUCGUUCACGGAACUGAAGGAUAAUUUGCCUUUUGAGAGCCAGGCAUCAGCCGAACUUCACAUCGAUGUUCCUCACGCUCAUCCGCUAGUAUUCCCCGAGGCCCCGAUCGCGCCCAAGCUUCCGCCUACGGUUGCAGUUGAAGGUAUCAAGCCCAACGUUGCGUCAUGGACCAAAUACCUUGAGGAAUUUGAAAGCUACCUACGCCGCUGGGAUCUCUUUAACUCACAGGUGGUUGACCAUUUUGCCACGCGAAAUUCCAACAUUUCACAAGCAAGAGGAUCAAAAGGCUAUUCAUUUCUGGGUGCCCGAGGCGAUUCUGAUGUCCUAGAGUAUCACAACUGGCUGGAGCAGGAUAACGGAGUCCGCCAAAGAUGGCAGGCAGCUUGUGAAGAGCACGAAUUGCGAUUUAGAGAAUUCAUGGCGUUCAGAGAGAAGAUGAAGUAA